AUGCGAUACAAUCAACGCCAUCUGACGCGGUGGCCAACACUCAAGAGGGCACCUCAGCGUUGUGGGUGGCAGGUGUUGAUCUUAGGCCUGUGCGCCCAUGGUGGCGAUCCGGGCUGCACGGAGGAGGGCAUUUGCCAACUGGAGUUCUUCCCGGGGAUCGGGGAAAUACAAUAUGAAGGCCCGACGUCCAGGAACCCGAUGGCGUUUCGGUACUACAAUGCGUCAGAGGUCGUUCAUGGGAAACCCAUGAAGGAAUGGCUUCGUUUCAGUGUCGCGUUUUGGCACACGUUCAGAGGAGACGGAUCGGACCCCUUUGGGUCAGCAACAAAGGCAUGGCCAUGGGAAGAUGCGAGUCUUGACCCAAUGGAGAUGGCGUUCAGGCGAAUCCGUGCCAAUUUCGAGUUUUUGAGAAAGCUUGGUGUUGAAUACUGGUGCUUUCAUGACAGAGACAUCGCACCAGAGGGCAGGGAUUUGGCAGAAACGAAUGAAAAUCUGGACAAGGUGGUGGAUUUGGCUCUGGACCUUCAGAAACAGACUGGCGUUCGACCCCUUUGGGGCACUGCUCAACUCUUCAAACAUCCCAGAUACAUGCAUGGGGCCGCAACAAGUCCCCAAGCUGGCGUCUUUGCGUAUGCUGCCGCACAAGUGAAGAAGGCAAUGGAAGUGACACUGAGACUGGGAGGCUUAAACUAUGUGUUCUGGGGUGGCCGGGAGGGCUAUCACACAUUGAGGAACACCCACCUGAAAACUGAACUGGACAAUCUUGCACGCUUUUUGAGAAUGGCCGCCGAUUAUAAGCGUAAGAUUGGAUUCAAGGGUACGCUGCUUAUUGAGCCCAAACCACAGGAACCCACCAAGCACCAAUAUGACUGGGAUGCGGCUACCACCAUCGGAUUCCUGAGGGAACAUGGACUGAAGAAUGAUUUCAAGCUGAAUAUAGAAUGCAAUCAUGCAACCCUGUCGCAGCACAGCUGUGAGCAUGAGCUGCAGUUUUCUUCUUCUCAGGGAAUGCUCGGCAAUAUUGACAUCAACACUGGAGACCCACAAACGGGGUGGGACACCGAUCAGUUUCAGAUAUCGGACCCAGUGGAGGCAACUCUAUUGAUGGCAGUGGUUCUGAGGCAAGGGGGACUUGCCCCCGGAGGUUUCAACUUUGAUGCAAAGCUGAGGAGGGAAAGCACGGCAGUGGAAGAUCUGUUCUAUGCACACAUCGGCGGCAUGGAUGCUUUGGCCCGCGGACUUAGGAACGCAGCCAGGCUGCUGGAGCAGGGGGAAGUCGACAGUGUGAUACAAGCACGAUACUCAAGCUUUGAUGAAGGAAUCGGAAAGGAUAUCGUAAACGGAAAGGUGGGCUUCAAGGAGCUGGAGAAGUACGCUCUGAGUCAUCCAGACCCUAUUGAAGACUUGCCAAGCGCGCAUGCAGAGAAGGCAGAAAUUGUGCUCAGCAUGUAUGUGCAAUGA